AGGGGCAGUCACGCGGCGGAAGAGUGUGAUGUCCAAGGUGGUAGAAAAAGAGAGCCAUGCAGCAGCCCCGCAGGACGACUGCAAGGGCGCAUCAACAGGGAGGAGCUGGGGGCUGUGGGUCACCGCUGGUGUUGGUGGGACCUUAGUGGCUGUUUAUGCUGUGGUCAUACCCUUCGUGAUGCCGGCUCUGAGGAAAGUGUGCCUGCCCUUUGUUCCUGCAACUUCCACCCAGAUCCAGAAUGUGCUGAGAAUGUUAGAAAGCAGAAGUGGCUCCCUAGUUGACAUUGGUAGCGGGGAUGGCCGUAUUGUGAUAGCAGCUGCAAAAAUGGGUUUCAAAGCUGUUGGCUAUGAAUUAAAUCCCUGGCUGGUCUGGUACUCCAGGUACCGUGCUUGGAGAGAUGGGGUACAUCACAACACCAGAUUUUAUAUUUCAGACUUAUGGAAGGUUUCUUUUUCCUGUUAUAGAAAUGUCGUCGUUUUUGGGGUGCCUCAAAUGAUGCCACAGUUGGAGAAGAAGCUGGAAGAAGAACUGGAAUGUAAUGCCAGAAUCAUUGCCUGUCGUUUUCCUUUCCCUUGCUGGAUCCCAGAUCAUACUACUGGAGAGGGAAUAGACACUGUGUGGGCCUAUGAUUUGAAACACUCCAGAGAAUGUGAAACAAAAAGAUUGGAAAUUUCACCAGAGACAAAAUUCUAAAAAUCUAAUUUGUUUUUGAGCUGAAAUUUUUGGCUUUGAGUUCACCUUUUAAAGAGUGAACAGAGCCCCAGGAUAUGGAGAUAAAUAGUCACUAAAAUAAAUGAAAUACACCGGUUAUCUGAAAGCAGACAAAGGUUUGUGAAAGGUGUAGUGAAGUGGCUUAAUGUAGUUAGUAAAAAUUAUGAAAUAGUUCUAUGAGAAUCAGAAAACUUCAGUGUGGAAAAUGGGAUAAAACACGGUUCACUGUUGUUAAGGGGAAUGUAUGUACUAGUUAAGAUGCUCAGAUUGAUGAACUUAAUAUGUGCAUUCUUUUUGAGCCUAUGUGGCUUUUGUUAGUGGUGUUGGAAGCAGUGUGCAAGUGGCUUCUCAAAUGAGCCGCGGUUCCCAAAUGUCCAUUAUGUGUGCUGAGUAGGCAUAAAGCUGAAUAUAUCAAACUGAUGCAGAUGGAGUGUGAUGAUGAUACCAAUGUUUUGCACCUCAACCUUGAAUGUGUAUUUUUUUGAAGUUGAAUAUGACACAAGCAAAUAUAACAAGUUGCUUAUUCAUUAACACAAA